ACCACACACACCACACGCACAACACUUAUUACGAGAUUCAGAAUUUGCUCCCCUCUUCAAAGCGCAAAUCAAGCAUAUCUCUCGAAUUGCGGCAUCAUAUACAAAUAAGGAUUACAUCCUUCCCACUUACUUGUUUUUGGUUGAAGCCCCCCAAAAAGGAAUUUCAGAAUGUGCCAUAAAGAGCCAUACGUCCGAAAAUAUGUUGUUUCGGUGACCUUUUAGCUCUUUGCAAAUUGCGAUUCUCCCUUCCUGAAACUCCACUUUUGGACGACACGACUGUGUCUCAUUUAUUAUUGAAUUCCAGUGGACGGGAGUCGGGACGGGCGAUGUGUGAUUGAUCAAGCAAGCCUAAAAGUUGAGCUUCGUGAGUUAAACUACUUAUUGAUUGAUUGCAUUAUUCACACUAUUCACACUAUUCACACAUACAAGCUAACCCUACACACACUAUUGUGUAGUUGCAUUCUCGAGUAGGUAUACAAAACUUCUUUAGUGCUAAACGAAUCCACACGGUAGAUACUCGUAUCGUUACCAUCUUUACCCACCCACCUCCAUGGAGCCGCUUCAACAGGGUUGGAAUGAUCGAACCUUACUGUUGUUGGUUUGGCUUUGAACAUUUACUUCUAUUCUUGAUUUGAUCUCCCCGUCUUUUCAAUUUUCCUUUCUUGUCAUUUAUCUGGUUUCAUGGUCACUCCUUGUCGGUAGCUUACGGGCGUCGCAGAAUAUAUGAUACGUGUGAUGCGCCCUAGAUCGAUCAAUUUCCCUGGUAAGGGACCCAUUCCAUUGAACGGUGCGGAGUUGCUCAAGAUAUAUGCUCAUACACAUAUAUGGACCGAUGGACGUUCGUGAGAAUAACAUAUAAUUCGACCAGGGAACUGAGACCUUCCAGUCUUCUCAUCGCUUGGGAUUUGCGAAUAUGCCUAUGAAUCAUUCCACGUCUAUCAAGCAAUCCACUGUCAUAACAGCUUUACCCUUAUCCUCGACCCACUUAUGAAUACAGGCAAAACCAGAGGCCCGUUCUAACACUCCGUCCCGGUUCGUCAGUAAGAUGAGUAAAUUUUCGAAGACCGGGACCUCGAAGUCGGAAACUUCUGGUCGAACAAAUACCGGUUCUACCAUCCGUGGGAAGAUUUCUGCUCCUAUUCCCAUAAAGGACGACGACGAGUUUCCAAUUCGGUCUCCAGGAACUAGUAUAGCAACUCCUCUUGGGUCUCUUCGUUCAGAUGGAGUCGAGAAAGUCAUGAGGGAUUCCGCCAUAUCUGGCCGAGAUAGUGCUCUGGCAUAUGGAGAUAUUGGAAUGGGUGACUAUAUCGAACCACCCAGGCGGAUAGGAACCUCCCCCUUACCAUCCGACCGGCCAUCUUAUAACCCUCCUUCACGCAGGACCCAGGACUAUACUGUUCUCCGGAGCUCAUCGCCUGUUGGCAGACCGUCAGAUUCGGUUCUCUUGAAGCCUGCGCGGAAAAAGUCGACUCUUAAAGGAGUGUUUGGUAAAAUAUUUGGAAAGAAACGGAAAGAUGCGCCAACCCAGAGGCAAGGCGUUGGUGCUCUGCAAAGUGAACAACACCAUCGUAGUGUGAGUAGAGCCAUGUUGCGUUACGUUACUAUUGUCUGAUAAUUUGUAGGACCCAACUGCGCUCAGCCGAAAUCCCAUAAACACCCCGACUUCACCCAAACGUUCGACGUCCAUGCCGAUCAAUGAGUUUAAUCGAGCCCUUCGAUCGCAUUCUCCUUUCAUAGGUAAUAAUUUAAAGGAGCAGAAUAAUACAGAGCGGGACACAAAUCGCACAUCUACACAGACACAAAGUACAACGACAAGAACAAGGGUCGCAACGGGUAGAUUGUAUACACCAGAUAAAACACCAGGCUUUGGGGAUUGGACGGGACUUUCACCGCGCCCUGCUAGCGCCCAGGCGAAAGGCAGUAAAGCUCCCUCUGACGAGGAGUGUUCUGGAUUAAUUGGAAUGGCAAUUACAAGUGGUAGCCAUCCAAACAGGCGUUCAAGGUCACUCGGGCAAUUGCGAGAAGCUGCAGGAGUGGUGGGGGGAAUGACUAGACGUCGCAGUGACGAGAUUCGCUAUUGGAGAGCAAGCUACGAUCCGGGGCCAUUGUCUCCAUUAUCUUCGACCAAGGCGGAAGCGGAUGAACCUAUAUUAGUGAACGAUCCGGAAAGUCCACGACCAAUAGAGUCCCGGGAUCAGCCACAGCCUUUCAAUUUUGGACAUUUGAGUGGAUUGGCUGGAAUGAAGAUCACCCAGGCUGCUGAUCUGGCAACGAGAGUUGAUCGUAUCGAGUCUAGAUUAGUUGAAAUGGAGAAGACAGUAUAUCAGAUUCAUCGACAGCUAAAUGGAAACGGGGAUCACGUUACCCUCCAGGAUCCUCCAAAAGGUGGUAAAAGGGAUCGCAGCUCCUCAGAACGCCGCCCCCCAACUGAUAACUCUGAAAUGACUUUGCCAGUCUUACCUCGGCAUCGGCAUUGGCACGAAUUUGGCGCUCAGAAUCGGCUUCCCAACAAUAACAACAACAACAACAACAACAAUCGUCCCACAUCAUCGUCUCAUAACAAUUCUUACCAUCCUGACUUUGAUGAUACAGUACCAGCUCCGUACGCCGCAACAACAGAUGACCAUGUGCGUUUAAGCAGUUCCCAUACCACCUGUCGACCUCUUUCAACCUCAACUACUAUUCGCGGUCUUCCAUCCAGCUCUCCCACAACUCAAAAGGAUGCGCCUCUGACAAUGGAGCACUACAACCAUUUGACGAAUAUGUUCCUAGCGGAACAAUCUGCUCGCCAGCACCUGGAGAGUAUUGUCCUCACCCUACAGCAACAGGCUGUCUCGUAUCCCUCGGUAGCACCCGCGUCGUAUCCCACUCCCAAUUCCGUGGGGGGAGCUGGGCUAGUUCUCGACACCACAUCAUCGAGCAGGAGUACAUUCAAGGGCUUUGGCGGUGAUAGUGAUGAUGAAGCAUAUGCAGCAGCUUCCGAGGUUUUCCAGACCCCUAACGAAGACUUAGCCGGUCCAAACUUUGGAGAUGAGGUUUUCGGCAGUGGAAAGGAAAGCGGAAGUGGAAGUGCAAGGCCGGGUGUUGACACUGGAAAGGGCGAUGCAAGGACGUUGAGUUUAAGUCAGAUCACGUUAGGGAAGGGUCUCCAGCAUAGUUUGAAUUUCUAGAUUUCUGCUACCUAAGGAAAGCCGACUACAUGGACAACUGGAUAAUUCUUCUCCUACUGUUGCUGCGUAUGGCGUAUGGAAUCCCACACCCUUAAUUUGCCUCGAUAUCUUUGGGCUUUUAGGGUGAUGACAUCAACAUCCAUUCCUUUUAUAUAUUUUCUUUCCUAUCCAAUUUAUCUUCUCGCACUUGCACUUCUGUUCUUCUCAAGUACACGUACUUCAAUUCCGGCCGUAGAUCUGGCCUCGCCUUUUAUUUGCAUAUCAUGGAUCUAGCGGCUAUUACAGCAUCGAAUAUUUGAUUUUGUUUUUUGUCAAGUCUCGUUUUUGGUUCUUCCAAAUGUAUUCAUAGUGGGGUUUUAAUGGAGUUUGGCUUGGACGACUAAACAGUGUCCUAUUUCAAUUGCGCAGAGGAAGGAUGGGACGGGGGGUCCCGCUUAAUACGAGGCCUCUUCCCCUUGUUAUGUUCUUGUUAUUGUAUUAUUUAGUGGGACGAAUAGGAGAAGCGAAGAGGAAUUUGGUUGAAAAAGAUGAGGAGGUUGGAGAUGUGUUUGAACAUCUACAUUUACAUAGCCGUUGAGCGUGU